AUGGCCUCAAGCGCAGGCACAGGCCAAGAAGGCCUUCCACCAGUCAACCUCAAGCCCUUGUUGACCAAGCUCUGGCCGACUGACAAUGAAGUCACUCCCGAUGAGAUCGCAGAGGCAAUCUCCCAUUUCUUCACAAACCAGGUGACCGAGGCUCAGACCGCGUCUCUCCUCAUGGCGCUCCACUUCACCAAGCUCGACUUCAAGGCCGAUGUCUUGGAGCGCUGCGCCUAUGUCAUGCGAAAAGCUGCGGCACCGAUCCCGGUCAAGGACCUACAGAGUGUCAUCCAGGCGCGGGGAAGAAAAGAGGGCACGUAUCAAGGCGGCUUGUGCGAUAUUGUCGGCACUGGAGGUGAUUCACACGACACCUUCAAUGUCAGCACAACUUCAUCCAUUCUUGCCUCGUCGCUGCUUCUGGUUUCCAAGCACGGUAACAAGGCCAGCACGUCAAAAUCGGGCAGUGCUGACAUGGUCAACUGCAUGAAGCCUCGGCCGCCCAUUAUCAGCGCCGUCAAGCCCGACACCCUGGUCAAGGUCUACUCCAACACAAACUACAGCUUCCUCUUUGCGCCAGUUUUCCACACCGGCAUGCGCUAUGUGGCGCCUAUCCGAAAGCAGCUCCCCUGGAGGACAAUUUUCAACAACCUAGGUCCAUUGGCUAAUCCAGUCGAAGAUGUACUGGAGGCUCGGGUCAUCGGUGUUGGAAGACGGGAUCUUGGUCCGGCCUUUGCUGAAGCCCUGAGGGUUGCCGGGUGCAAAAAGGCACUGAUUGUCUGCGGAGAGGAGGAGUUGGAUGAAAUUAGCUGUGCAGGCAACUCGCUAUGCUGGAUGUUGAAAGAGAAAUCCCCUGGAGGCGAGUCCGAAGUCGAACAUUUCAAAGUCCACCCCAACGACUUUGGCAUCACCCCCCACGCCCUAAAAGACGUGUCUUCUGGAAAGGAGCCAGAGGAGAAUGCCGAGAUUCUAGCUCGCAUCUUGCAAAACCAACUUCCCCUGGAUGAUCCGGUGGUCGAAUUCGUGUUAAUCAAUACUGCGGCCCUUCUUGUGGCAUCUGGCAUCUGUGAGGCGGAUACCAGCGACAUGGGCCAUGGCGAUGAUGGGAAUGUCAUUAAAGAACGAGGCCCUGGCGGCCAACGUUGGAAGGAAGGUGUACGAAGAGCCAAGUGGGCCAUCACAAGUGGUGAGGCCUGGAGACAGUGGCAAGCAUUUGUCGAGGUUACCAACGAGAUUGGUGCCUGA